AUGCCCCCGGUGCUGAAGGAAAUGGGCAUAUACCAGUUAUGCGGCAAGAUCAGGCUCCUGGCAACUACGACCCAUAGGCAAGCAGGCGAUCUGACAAACGGUGUCUCAAACCCUCCGGAACCGAAGUCGCCAAACGGUGGAUUAAAGCGUGGAUUAAACAUCAAGAAAGCGCUUGAACUUAUCUACGAGGGCUUAUUAAAAAUAGAGGAGCGGCACCGUGACCGGGACCCCAUGGCUAGCGCUGGACCAAGGUACAAAGAAGAACAAGCCGUUUUCGAUAAGUAUGCUCCAUUACUAUGUGUAAGUGCAGUCAAUGCCAGAGAGCGAUGUAAUAUCGACACUUUCUCCAAGGCCGACGAAGGCCAUGAUCAAAUGGACCUCUCAAAUGCCAAGAAAGAGGAUGCGCAGGAAGUUAACAUGCUGGAAUUAUCUGCAAGCCUGGGGUCAGGACAAAAUUCUAAGGUUUCACGCCAAGAUAUACAGCUUUACAAUAUGGACGAUCAUAGUAAAGACCCUAUUCCUCUUCCUAAGCAUGUUACUAAUGGAUACGAGGUCAAUUACACACUAAUUCAGUAUCACAAGACGAAUAAAAUACCAGGAAAUUUCUCAUUCGCGGUAUGGGGCGAGUUUCCCGCAUCCAUCAAUGAUCGUUCUAAACGGCUGUGGCGGUUGCAUGGGGACGGAGAGAUAUCCGUAGACAUCUCUCAGAUAUACUUCAUCAAUAUUGCUAUCUCAGGGGGACGUCGUUGGUACACAGUCGUGACAGUGAAGAAUGGCGAGGACGAGAAACCGUUUGCUGUUGACGUACCUCUAGCGGGCAGUCCAGUUUGCUGCCCACAGGAUUGCCGGAGCAUUCGGGAGCACCUUGAAAAGGUCUGGGAAAAGGAGCCUUGGACGGUGGAGGACAUCUAUCCGGUCAGAAAGGAAGACAAAGCCAAAAUCCCAUAUCUACGCUUCAACGAGGCCACGGUACCGGCAGACGAGAAUGCUCUCUACGUCAUUGUCAGCCCAAAGUCCUCGCCCGCAUAG